AUGUGGGAACAAAUUAUAGAAUAUUUAAAAGAUCCAUUAUUAGUGAUUAAAGUACAAAACUUUUUUGGUGUAACUUAUAAAAGCAAUCAAAGUACACAAGAAAAUGAAUCAGCGUCAGCCGAAGUGGUACAUUCAGAUAGAGUGGACCGUUUGGCCGAGGAGAAUGAUGUGAAACAGCACAAGAGGAUUCCUAGUAACAUAUCGAGUAGUUCGCAGUCCUCUGCUUAUGACACUGAUAGUUCUGGAGACAGCGGCGGGAAGGAUGUUGUGGAGUAUCGCAUAGACAACAAGUUCUGGUACUACCUGUUCGUGCUGGGCACUGAGUUGGGAGACGAGAUAUUCUACGCGACCUUUAUUCCGUUUUGGUUCUGGAACAUUGAUGGAGCUGUUGGCAGGAGAGUGGUGCUGGUUUGGACUGUAGUCAUGUAUAUUGGUCAAGGCUUCAAAGACAUAAUCCGCUGGCCUCGUCCAGGCUACCCAGUGAAGAAGCUGCAGCAGAAAUGGGCAGUAGAGUACGGAAUGCCAUCAACACACGCUAUGGUGGGAGUGUCCAUACCAUUCUCCGUGUUAUUAUACACCAUGGAUAGGUACCAGUAUCCUGUACAUUGGGGUAUGGUCAUCGCGGUCUCAUGGUGCACACUAAUUUGUGUCAGCAGGGUCUACCUAGGAAUGCAUAGUGUGUUGGAUAUAGCAGCUGGGUUGCUGUUGGCGACGGCGCUGGUGUCGGUGCUGAUCCCGGUGGUGGACCAUCUCGACGGGUUCCUGCUCACCUCGCAGUUCUCACCGUUCCUCGUCAUAGCUGCCUCCAUUCUAGUCAUCGUAUUCCAUCCUAAUGCUGACAAAUGGACGCCUACCAGAGGCGACACCACGAUGAUAGUGAGCGUGUGUGCGGGCAUCCUGUUCGGCUCCUGGACCAACUACCAGCUCGGUAACAUGGUGGCCAGUCCGCUGGACCCGCCCUACGAGAUCAUAUGGCCUUCCAAGGAGAUGUUGGGAUGCACCAUCCUCAGAACCAUACUCGGUUUCUGUGGAGUCCUCGCGACCAGAGCCAUUGGCAAAUCUGUGUCUUACGCCUUCGUGUGUGCCCUACUCGGGAAGGAUAAGAACGAACUACGCAACUCAGAGGACAGUCUAGACAAUAAGAAUAAAAUUAUAGUGGAACUAAGUUAUAAAUACUUCACGUACGGCAUGAUCGGGUUCAAUACGACGUACGUUUUUCCAAAUGUGUUCUCUCUGCUAGCGAUCAACAGGCCCACCUACUACACGGAGAUUUAA